CAAAAAUAAAAAAAGCCAUGUGAAUUGUUCUGUUUAUGGCUGUAAUUCUUUAUAUUCCACAUCAUCAAAUAUUAGCUUUCAUCAUUUCCCUAAAGAAAAUGAACGUAAAGUUUUAUGGACAAAUAAAUUUGGUAAUAAUGAUCUAGUUGAUAGAAGACAGUUGUGGGCUAUUCAAUUACGAAUGGGAAAAGAAACUUUGAAAAAAAAGAACCUCAGAGUCUGCUCAAAGCACUUCACCGUAAAUGAUUUUUUUUGUCAAAGUGCAAUGAAUAAAAAAAGACGUCUAUUUAUGACUGCAAUUCCGACCCAAACAUUGCCAGUAUCAAGUGUUCAUAAAACAUCACCCAAAAAAAGACCUAGUCCUAAGAACAGAAAAAAAAGUGACAUAUAUUCUACGCAAAAAGCAGAAGUGGUUAAUCUAUUAUUUUGUAAUAUGUAUAUAUAUUUUUCCCUAAUCAUUUUCUUACUAAUUUGUUUUAGUGUCAGGCAGCUUUAGAUUAUGACAGCCCUGUAACACAGAACAACUGUAAUACAACUGUAAUACAGGAUCACGAAGAACCAGAUUUUGAAAACUGUAAUACUGACAAUGGUGAAAGUGUUAUGAAUGUUGUAAAUCAGUUAUACAAAGAAGUUGAUUGUAAUAGAGAAUUUAUGGAUUCAGCAACUCAAGUUACUGUUGAAGAUAUUGAAAUUCCAUUUAUCACGUUAAUAAAUUCUCCUAAAAAACUAAGUACAAUGACCGGAAUACCUACAUUUCAACUUUUAGAAAAAAUUAUUGAAAUUUAUAAAACAGAAUUUCCUGAUAAAAGAAAGCAUAAUUUAAACUACAAAGAGAGAAUAAUUAUGGUAUUUUUAAAGUUAAAGCAAGAUUUAUCAUUUGUAGUUUUAUCUAUUCUCUUUAAAAAUGUCACUGCCGAAUCUUGUCGUGUGAUAUAUUCAUCACUUAUUCCAUGUUUAGCAAAAAUAUUAAGUUGUUCCAUUUAUUGGCCUUCUAAAGAAGAAAUAAUUAGUAAUAUGCCAUAUUGUUUCAACAAGUUCCCCAAUACUAGAGUAGUAUUAGACUGCACUGAAAUUCCAAUCCAAAAACCUAAGUGUUUAUCAUGCCGCAUCAAACUUUACAGCAAUUAUAAGUCUACUUUUACUCUCAAAUUUUUGAUUGGAGUAUCACCAGGUGGGCUUAUUACUUAUAUAAGUCAACCAUAUGGUGGUAGAGCAUCAGAUAAAAGUAUAUUUGAACAAAGUGGGUUAAUCCAAAAAAUGAAUAGUUCUGAUGCAAUAAUGGUAGACAAAGGUUUUUUAAUUGAUGACCUGUGUAUGUCAAAAAAUAUACAAAUAAUUCGGCCACCAUUCCUAAAAAAUAAAAUUCAAUUUUCUAAAUCUGAAGCAUUACUUAAUAAAGACAUUGCUAGUGCCCGUGUUCAUAUUGAAAGGAUUAACCAAAGACUUAAAGUAUAUAAAAUACUACAAAAUAAAUUUAUUUGGUCACACAAUUACUUAGCUUUUGAUAUUAUUACAAUCAUAAGUGGAAUUUGCAAUCUAAGUACCCCAAUUUUUGCAAAUGAUAAAUUCCCUGUUUGAUUAGUUUAACCUAGGCAGGGAUUUUGUUAGCUAACUAUU